AUGAAAUCAGCAAUGAAGAUAUUUUGCAUAUUCCUUAUUGUUAUCUUCACGUCUUGUGGUCCUUUCACUCCUUGGAUGAAAACAAGACAAACUGCAGAAAGAACACAUAAGUGUUAUUUGGUCCAUUGUUCAUGCAAGUCUGAAUGUAAUUCUUGGGAGUAUGUCUACAAUUACUGUGACAUUGAGCACCGCUAUGUGGUGUGUGAAUUCCAAAAGCCAAUAGUGGGAUUCUUGACUAGUCCCAAGGCUACAACUUAA